UAUGGCUUUGUUUGCUAACCUCUUGGUUACCAUGCUUAUUCCAGUAUAAAACCCAGUAGUCUCAUAAUCAAGGAGAGGAGAGGACAACGAGCAUCAGAAGAGCAAGGCUUACAGGAGUGUCUGCAGAGUAGAGAAAAAGAAAAACUUUUUGAAGACUGCAGAACAAAACAGAAAAAGGAGUGGCUGAAAACCAACAGGCAGAAGAAAAGAGAAAGAAUUUAAGAUUCAGGGAAGGGCAUCAGUAUCUCAUUAGUGAAGAAGAGGCCUCCAUCAUGUUUCAAGCUCAUUGCAUCUUGUUAUGCCUACUACUCACCGCAGCUGUUUUACCAACAUCAAAAGCAUCUAGCACAGCUGAAACACCCACUACAAUAUCAUCAACAACUGUCCCCACAACAGCCACCAUCCUCCCAACAACUGAAACAACUACCACAGUAAUACCAGGCAGCACUGCCCCAACAACUAGAACAACUAAUGCAAACACUGCAACAACAUCAACAGAAAAUACCACAACAAUUAUAACAAGCGUCUCUCCAACCACUGAAACAACCAACACAACUCCAGACAUCACCUCCUCAACCACCAACUCAUUCACCACAGUAACAUCAAUCACUACUACGACUCCAUCCACCAUCACCUCAGCAAAGGAAACAACCAGCACUUACACCCCAACAACUGAAACAACCAGCACAUCCACCUUGACAACUGAAACCUCCUCGAAAACGAAGCCAACUCCAUCUGAAGCAGGCAGCACAACUAAAUCAGUAAACAGCUUGGCAUCAACUGAGUUGGUCACCACAGCAAAGCUGGAAACAGCAAAGUCAACAUCAAUGGUACAAACAGAUAGCACUCGACCUGCACCAAUUACCAUGGAAUCAACCACUCCUGAUGGAUCUCCUGAAUAUUCCUGUCCCGAGAAUUACACAAUGCCAUGUAAUGGCACCUUCAAGAACUGCACUGUUAACUGCACUUCAGUGGAAGACUGCCCGUUUUUCUGUAAUAAUACAAGCAACCAUACAACAGACUGUGCUGUUUCUAUCUGUGAUCAAUCAGAACUAAAUAUUACAGGCUGUGUCUCUCUGUGUACAAUUAGCAUUUUGGAGGACUGCAUUUGCCUGAUUCCACAAUCACCAUCAUCAUCACCCUCAACAUCAGACACACUGUCAGAUGGGGAAAUUGCAGGCAUUGUGGUAGGAUCAGUAGCUGGUGUUGCAGCAGUCGGUGGUGGAAUUGUCCUAGUUGUUAAGCUCCUUGGAGCCUAAAAGAUUCAAGACUCAACUCUAAAGAAGUCCAACAGAGCACAUAUUUGGCACAUGGAGGUUCACUCUUGUUUACACACGGCAGCAUUUGCACUUUGCACAAUUAGGCACAAAACCCUCCAGUUGUACUAUAAGAUUGCCUUCAUCAUCAGUGCUCUUUAUAUUUAUACCUUUUAAUUUUUCUCCCAGCAUUCGGCUCAAUGUUACCCAUCAGUCAACUGCAUACUGUAUUCAAAUUUAUUUGCAUAAUAAGUUCAGCUAUGUUGUUAAAUAUGUGAUCAUGUUUUGUGUAAGGCUGUGCAGCAGCUAAUAAUCAGUUAUUGUUGAGUACACUGCUUCACUACUUGAAGGCAGGGCUCACUGGAACAUAAGGGCCAUUAAGGAUAUAUUUUGGAGGGGCUACUGUGAUAAUAUCUUGGGUCAAGUGUAUGGUGGCAAUUGAAUAUGGGAUUUGUACCAUAUUUCCUAUUGGGCUGUUAAGCGUGUUGAUUUUGAAAAUGGUUUACAUCACAGCAAAAGACAUGUCAGAAAAGGCAUUUGCUGCACUAUAUUUCACAAUACUUGGGCUGCGAUGGAGACUGUACAGUCUCAGGUUGUGUGAUACUGUGCACAGUGUUUAAUUUGUGAAUCGCAUUGUCAGCUUAGGGUACAGAGGCCCCAAUGUACAGGACAGAAAUGCUUAGUUUCUAACUGAUGGGCAAUUUCAACUAGCUACUGUAAAUGGUCACAUGCAGAGCAAAAUACAUAUUGUUUUCCAAAGCAGUGACAUUCAGAUUACCCAGAACCAUUUAUAUUGAUUGUACCGUGCUACCUAAUUAUGAGCAUUCAUUCUUUUUACUUCUCAAUUGCUCAAACCAGUGUUAUCCUAUAAAGCAAUGGAGGGUACACUGGGGGCAUUGAUACCUUCAAGAUGAUCUACUAUGAGUUUUAGGUACACAUGGCUGAUGUUUUUUUUAUGUUGAACAUCAUAUUAAGCUUGUAUCGUGGUUGGAGAAUUUCACCAAGUUGUGUUUGAAUGUCAAACCUCAUAUUGGCUUAUUCUUUCACAAAUUAAAGUUUCUGUAAGCUGAAGUCUACAUUUCAUUGACCUUCAGACAUCUUCAUGUCAACUUUAGUUUGGCUUCUUUAUACUGAUUUUUGCAUUUUGUUAAUCUUGUAUGUGAGACUACAUUGCUGAACACAAUUGAUGUACAUCACCUCAACACAGAUGAAAACCCUUGUGGCACUUCUACAAGAAUUAUUAAAAAAACUUUUAAAAAGCCAGAAAGGUCAGAAAUUAUUUUAGCAGAAUUUUGGCCAUAUACAGUAAACUAGCAAUGCUUGUAACGGUCAUAAUGGACUGUGCCUGGGACUAUGUACAGCGUCCUAUGGAACCCCAAAGACACCAAACCUACAGUCCGUGUGGUCCCAGUAAUGGUAGAUGCUCAGUUCAUUAGACUGAGUACCCUACUCGUACAAGUUUAGUUUUCUUCUGCUUUUACCUUACUGACUUUCACACCCCGAUGCGUGAUACUGCUGAAUCCCAGUGAUUAAGCACAGGAGGGGACAGCCAGGCCGGUCAAGUACUGGGACAGGCCAGCUGUAACUGGUUGACAUUUAUAUGCAGUUUUAUGCCACAGUAGUAUGAGGGAAAGGAAUAUCUAAUAAAAAAUAAAUUUGCCUUCUAAAAGCAGGUGACAAGGUGGUGGUUGUCUGCAGGUCAAAGACCACAGAGCUUCCAUGUGCCAGCUGCCCUUUUCU